UUUUUUAGCCGAUUCGCGAUUUUGAGAAUUCGGUAUUUUGUGCGGGCACGAAAUGAAGGAAUAAAUAGCCAUAGCAAUUCGGAAGAUUCCUCAGCUUCGUCAGAAGACCAAUUUGAGGAUGGCCCGGAUAUUGUUAAACGUCCACCUGUCGGUUCGGAAGAAUUGCCAAGUGAAAAAACAGUUCAUUGGCCGGAAACGGAAGCGGAUGAGAAAAGAAGAAGAGAGAGAAAGAAGGAAAAGGAGAGACGAGAGAGAAAUAGAGAGGAGGAGGAAAAUAAACGUUCAAAUCAAAAUAAGGGUAAUUAACUUAAAAUUAUUUUAAUCGGAAAUUGAUGAGGAGAAUAAGGUUAGGUUUAUGGUUAGAUACAUAAUGGAACCCGAAGAAAAUUCUGAUGAGAGUGGACCCAAACUAGUUGAGGAGUCCGAAUCUUCUGAAUCACCUGAUGACGAAUAUGAGCGAAGAUCAAAAGAAAGAGAACAAUUAACACAUGGAUACACUCCAACUUUUUGUAAAAAAUAUAUCCAUCGAUGCUAUAUUGAAGAAUAUAUGAGGGAAAUGACUACUCACUGUAGAGAUAUUUGUGAUCUAUUGGGGACUUUGAAUGUUGAUAUUGGACUUAAUUGUGAAGAAUUGGCGUUAAGCGGACUCUGUUCUGACGGAAUGUGGGGUGAUAAGAUGGAUAAGUAUUGCCAUAGAUCGUGUACUAGUCUUAGAGGGAAAAGAUGA